CACGCGUGGAGUCCUGAGUGAAAACCGAUCUGUGGAAAAUUGGGGAGGAAAUAGCCUUCCCGGGAUCAGCGUGGCCGUAUAGAGUUACGGCGGAGGCCCCUCCCCCUGUCUGGCUCGCUCUUUUUUCUCAACCUCUCGGUUGGCUUUCCGAGAGGGCUCGAUCCUGCUCACGCUCAGAGCGCUGAGAAAUAGCAGGCAGAAGAUGGCUGACUCUACCGGGCACGGUGAGCCCACAGCAGCAGCAGCAGCAGCAUCAACUUCAAUGGGGCUUCUCGCACGCCUGCCAUUCGCUGCCACUCCGCAACUCUGAAACGGCCCCGCCUCGCUCCGUGCCGUGCGCCCGCGGGGUUUUUACCCCCAAAUAUUGACAGAGAUUUAAAGAAAACAUGGCUGAGAUGGAGAAAGAGGGAAGACCUCCGGAAAACAAGAGGAGCAGAAAGCCAGCUCACCCCGUGAAGAGGGAAAUUAACGCGGAGAUGAAGGUCCCGUCCAAUCGGCCCCUCCCAGGGGCGGGGCAGGCAGGCAAUCUCCAUGGCAACUCGCCCUACUUGAUGAGUUUUGCCGAAAACACCAUGAAUGAGUUGCUUGGAUGGUACGGAUAUGACAAAGUGGAGUUACGAGACUCAGAUGACAUAGAGAUCCGCAACUAUCCUGACGGAGAAAUGCGGCAACACAUCUCUGUCCUGAAAGAGAACUCUUUGCCAAAAGCAUCCACAGUGGAGAACAGCAGUGGUUCUCCUCCACACGCCAACAGCUCUGGCUUUACUCCGACAUCACGGAAUGGAGUGACAGCCGAGGCGUCUGCAAACCCCUCCUCCUCUAAGGAGCACGGAGGCCUGCCAAUCAUAGUGCCCUUAAUCCCGCCCCCUCUGAUCAAAGCACCAGCAGAGGAGGACACCUCUAACGUUCAGAUAAUGUGUGCGUGGUGUCAGAAGGUGGGAGUGAAGCGUUAUUCUCUCAGUAUGGGCUCUGAACUGAAGAGUUUCUGUAGUGAGAAAUGCUUCGCUGCCUGUCGACGUGCCUACUUCAAACGCAACAAGCUUGGAUAUGUGAGGAAUUGCAGUGCCAGAGAGGAGGAGGGCGUUCCACACCACAGCUUGUCCAAAGACACGCCCAGACUUGUCCUCAAGACAAACAGCGAUGUGCUUGUCUGCGAUUGGUGCAAACACAUCCGCCACACUAAGGAAUACCUGGAUUUUGGAGCGGGUGAAAGACGGCUCCAGUUCUGCAGUGCAAAGUGUCUGAACCAGUAUAAGAUGGACAUAUUCUAUAAAGAGACUCAGGCCGCACUGCCAGGGGGUUUAUGUAAUCCUCCUCUCCCCACGAGUGAUACAAAAUCAGAGAGCGCAGCGGGUGUACAGCUCCUUACACCCGAGUCCUGGAGCGCACCUCUAAACGAGCUCCGCAGUCGCAAGGCACCUUCACCAGGGGGUGCCACAACUUUAGCCGGACAUUCUGGAUCCACCUCGGGGUCACCAUCUGAAACUGGAACUGUGUGUUCCUCCUCAUCCUCGUCAUCCUCGUCAUCAUCAUCUACGAAAAUCCCCACACCGCGGCCGCACGAAAGCCCCGCGUUACCGCCACCUCCUCCACCACCUAUAACAGGUUUACAUCCAGCUCUGGGUAUGCCGCCCGGCAGCCCGCCGAUGGUGAUGACACCGCGUGGCCCAGUUCCUCUCCCUUUCUUUAUGGAGCACCAGAUGAUGCAGCAGAUUCGCCCUCCUUUCCUACGUCCCCCAGGCCCCAUCAGCCCUCAUUCCAAUCCCAUGAUUCCUGGCAUUGGGCCACCACCUCCUCCUCGGACUUUGGGUCCUCCAUCAAGCCCUAUGCACCGCACGCUUAUUUCCCCCCACAUUCACCCAUCCUCCACCCCAACCCUUUCUGGGAACCCUCCGGGUAUGAUGCCCCCUCAUCCUGGUGGCCACAUGCCAGGCUUGCCUUUCCCCCCAGUUAACAUGAUGCCAGCUGGACCCAUCCCAGUUCCGCCCAUUAUGAAUAUUGGCAUACCUUCUCUGGCCCCCCUAGUGCCACCACCAACAUUGUUAGUGCCCUAUCCAGUGAUUGUGCCAUUACCGGUCCCCAUACCCAUUCCGGUGCCCAUACCAUUCAGUCCGCAGGCUUCUGGUGACCGACCAGGAAAUGACGGAACGCUUCCGAGCGCUGCGAGUGAGCGGAGUGAUUCAAAAGCACCGCCACCAUUUUCUCAAAGCACCUCCAGAGGGGAGGGGAGGGACUUUCAGCACGCCCCUCCCACCUCAGAUAAACUUUCGCCAGGAUUUUCCAAACAGAUGGAGCAGGGCAGGACAAACGUGGCAGAGCUGAUGGUUAAAACAGAAAAUUCUGGUAAUGGAAGCUCUGGACACUCCCACAAAGAUGCACCAGCAGAUGGAGUCAUUGAUUUAACAACCAGUCGUCGUUCCCGGCAACAGCCAGUUAUCCAGAGGGCUGUAACCUGUGUGCAGGUAAAAGCAGAGCCUGGGUUAAGCCCACCACCUGCAGUUUUGGGUGAAACUGAGGUGGAUGGGUCUGCCGGUAAUAGCACAGGUACAAUAGAAGAUAACCACAGAGACAGUAAUGCUGAAAGCCCAUUGGCUAGCGUGGCUCUGCCUUGUGCUGACCCGUCCUACUGCAGCGGCACGCCGCCACUUUCUCAGCCAAUCACAUGCAGCGCCUCCACUGUUCCUAGCAACACCACCACAGCUAAAUCUGAGCCUGGCUCUGCUACGCCCUGCAAUGUGAUUGUUAAUGGGAGCUGUAAUGUGCCUCCAGCAGAGAGUUCGAUCAGAACACCUCCGUUAGAGCAGCGCCCUCUAGUGGACCCCUGCCGCAGGACUGCCGCUAUGUGCGAUGAGCCAGCGGGAGCCGAUCUAGAAGGAGAGGACCUGAAAGAGAACAGCUGCUUAGCAACAGAAAGAGACUCAGCAGGUAAGAGAAGCUCAAAUGACCAGUCUGCCAUUACCGCAGUAACAGGGGAGGACAAAGCUCAGAGCCCUGAAGAUGCCCCGUCUGGUGAGGACCAUGCCUACGCCCUGCCCCUAAUGCCCAAACCUGGCUGUGUCAUUCAGCCCGUGCCCAAACCUGCUGACAAAACCGCUGCCAUUUUGCCCUGUGGCUUGACAGCCCCAUUAACAGGAACUGUUCCAAUGGAAAUGGAGCCUCCGCUGAAGAGAAGGUGUCUGCGUAUCCGCAAUCAGAACAAGUGAAAUAGGACAGUUUCCACACCUCUCUCUUAUUGAAAUCACCAUCUCACCAAAGGGAUAAAGAGGACUGCACUGCAGCAGAGACCAUCAGCUGUCCACAGAUUUCAUCCACAAUCCAGCCAAUCAAGAUGUCAACCUUUUUUUUCUCCACUUUUCCAAACACGCACAUACACGUUGCGACAUAAUAUGCACACAGAUCAUCCGGAUUGGGCAGCAGUCUGCUCCGUCUCUACCCCUUUUGGCUAAACAAAUACUGACACAAAGUGUUAAUCUGGGAAGUAGAUCGGACGUGAUGUUUGACCUUCAACUGCGAUACCUUCAGGCAAAGUCUGUUCUCAGUCUACUUGUUGAUCAAAGAGAUAUUUCUCAUCCUCUCCACUGGACCCCUCCAUCCACGGCUUGUCGAGAGGACUUUCCCCCUGCUGGUUGGAGGCGGCAUUACAGUGUACAUAUACAGUUUUCCAAAAAGGCGGAGCUUAAGCCAAACACAAUAGAUCUGCCAGGCUGCCAAUCAAACAAGCUCAUGAAUAACUAUAAUUUGGAACAGGGCCAGUCAAAUCCUGCCACAGAUGGACGGACCAGUUUUCUGCUUUGUGUGUGCAUUCAAAGAAGCUCGGUUUAAUCUGUACAUUUGGAGUCGGAUGCUUCUGAUUCAAUAGCUUCAGUCAGAAAGACUAAUACAGAUGUGGAGUUGCUCUAAAACUCUCUCCUCUCAAAUCUUUCUCCCCCUCACUUCCUCUGACUAUGUGUAUCAGUAUCUGCAACACCAGCAAAACACUCUGUACUCUUUCUUAACCUCUUUCCUUUCUCUCCUUUCUGAGGGAGAGGUGUUCUGGAACCGGACACCAAAAAAGACAGGAAGAGAGAAACAUACACACACCCUGGAGGGAGUACAAAAACAGAAGGAUGGAGUGAACUUUCAUUUCAUCCCUGGGAAGAAGCUGGAAACUCAUCCAUCGUUGAAGAAGAAAACUAGAAGAUAAGUAGUCUGCACUACUGGAGAACAGUGUUUGUGGAUGGUUUGCUGGUUUAUUGUGCAAUGAAAAUUCAUUCAGUCACUGAUUUGAUUGAGGAUUACAGGGUACAGACCUCACCAAGCAUUUUGGCGAACUGUUAAAAUGGCUGCUAGCUUUGCGGCCAUUGGCUUGGAGACCGUCCCACCCAGUCUGUUCAAUCACAAGCGCUCAUUGCCACGCCGCACGGCUCAGCGAAGAGUCGGUCUAACACUGCUGGUGGGUUGUGUACACACUGUCCUGAUGUAUCAGAUGGCUCAGAAGGAAAUCAUGUCCACAGGGGCAUUUGGGUUGGAUUUCUCAUUAUUUAUAUCAGUAUCCAUCUUAUUGCAGUGCUCUUAUUUAAGAAAAAUUCCUCCUGGGUUUGCUAUCAAGAGUACAAUCAAAACCAGUGGAGAGGUCAGUAAGCGUCUCGGGCAGCUGUGAGCUGGUGUCAAGGGUGCAUUCUUGAGGUUUUUUAUACUUUAUUUUUUGCCAAAUCCCAAUCAGUGCUAAAUUAUGUUCAUCACUUCCUUUCCAGCUACGGUUACAGGAACAGUUUCAGUUAGUUCCAAGGUGCCUCAGUGUAGAGUUCACUUACACAAGAUGCCAAGAACAUUUAACUUAAAGGUAGACUGGGUUGGUUAGGUGGACACAGAGCCAAAAUGAUUUUAGUUACACAGAGUAGUGUAAGAGCUGAAUGUAUGGUUAGCACCUGGGUGCAUAGGUUAUUUGUAUUGACUAAAGUGGAGGAGUGAACCUUAAAGCCAAGCAUGCGCGUGUUUGUGUGUGUGUAAUUGGGAGAAGGUGUAUCAGAUUUCUGGCCAAAAUGGAGUUCAGUUUGACAAAACAUUCAAGUUUGCCAAUUUAUUUUGGGAGAAGGUCUAAAUUUUGUCAAGCAAUCGCAAGGAGGAUGAAAAAAUAAAAAAUCACCCAGAUCAAAAAUACACUCUGAUGAUUUGGCAAUAUUGACGAAUACAAAAGUUUCAAUCAUACAUGAAAAGAGGAAAUAAAUAUAAACAUUUUCAUUUAAACAAUUUCCUAAAAGAGCAGAAUUGCAGAUCAGACAUUCUUUGUUUUACAUUUUUUGUUUGUUUUCUUUGCUUUAGUCGCCUUGAUAUACUUUUUUAAUUUUGUUGUUUUUAUUUACUUUUUAAUUGCCUUUUUAUUUUGUUUUCUUUUUUGUUUCGUUUAUUUUUCCUGUUUUUUUUGGUUACUUUUAUCCUUUUUUGUUUUUCAUUUUCUUCUGUUUCUAUCUUUUGUUUUUCAUCUUUACUGUUGUUUUGUUUUAUUUAUUUAUUUUUUCUCUGAUUACUCUGAUAUAAACUGAGUUUAACUGGCCAACACUGACCCAAAUCUCCCCUUCAACCUUUACAACUUCUCUCUCUCCCUCUUUUCCACUCUUCUUUUUCUCUCUGCUCUUGGACGACGUACAAAGAAGAGUGCAAUCCUACCCUAUCCCUCUGUACUUUUUGCUGCAGGAUUCAGUUUCACAGUGGUAUAUUUUUUUAAGAGUAGGCUCAGAGGUCUAAUUGUGACUGGUUAGAGUAAGGACUGGAUUUCUCUCUGGGGUUCGUAUGUGGCGGAGUCUCAUUCCAGUGUCAGAUUUAAACACACACACACACACACACACACACAUACACAUUCCUGUGUCAGAUUUAUUUUGUCAGUGCUGAUACGGCUGGCUGACCCUCUGUCUGGAUGGAGGUGUUACAGAGAGCAGAUUGAUAAAAAGGGCAAAAUGUCAGAGAACAAUAAACACACACACACACACACCCAGUAUACACGCUCAGUCCAUGUGUUUGGUGUGUGUGUGUGUUUAUAGGAGAAACAGUGAAUCUCAGUGUUGAUCUGAGAAUCUUGAUACUGCAUGUGCGGCGCAACCAAACGUACAUUACAUGUCUGGAUUGGUCGCAAGGAGCCAGCAACAGCAUCAUAUGUCUCUCUCAUUAUUGACUCAAAUUUCCUCGCUUCUUUCCUCUCUCUCCUCCUCCUCUUUCAUUCUCAGCCCUUUUGCUUCUCCCCUCUUAUUUGUUUUCACUUAAAGUAAUUAUUUACUAAGUUAGUAUUUUAAAUAUGCCACUAUGGAAGCCUUUUUCCACCUCAGAGUAAAAAAUAAAAAUGUAAUUGUGAGAUAAAUUUUAAAUAAGAACAUAAGUCACACUGUGAGAUAUAUAGUCACAAUCAUAGGAAAUAAAGUUGCAAUUACGAGAAAUAUUCACAACUGCAAGAAAUAGUCACACUGUGAGAUACAAAGUCUCAGUGCAAGACAAAAUUGCAAUUGCAGUCUCAAUUGCAAGAAAUAAAGUCUGCUUUAUAAGAUAUACAGUAGCUAUUUAGCUAAAUCAUAGAUGAAAUGGUGAAAUAUAGUCACAGUAUGAGAUUUAAAUCUACAAUUUGGAAUUUUUUUUUUUUUUACUCUGAUAUCCAGAUGUUCUGAAAAAAAAUUACAUUUUUCACUCUGACCUAUACAAUUUUAAUCCCAUUUUCAAACUCACUUCCUCUAUAACAGUGUACUCUUAAAAGAAGCAGUUACAGCUUGUUUGUGUUGAUUAAUGGGGUGUUUGAAGGACAAUUUAAGGUCACAUCAUACUGAAAUCACUUCCUAUAGCUGCACACACCACCCAAACACCCAUUACUGCUUAUCUCACAGACAUGAAAUAUGAUUUUUUUUCACUUCCAUGUGUGUGCGUGUGUGACCUUGCUGUUGUAACCGGAGCAGCACAGACUGGGCUGGGACAGAUAUAGCCCUGAAACCCAACACUGUUGUAGUGUCUGCGGUCCCACGCAGACAAGACAGUGACACCAGCAAAAACGUACGCGUGUGUGUGUGUGUGUGUGUGUGUGUGUGAAGCUGUCCUUGACAACAACAGAGAGACACUGUGUAUGUAUGUGUACAUUGUAUGGGAGAGAUAGUCAUUGCACUUAUGGUAAACACUGUAAAACUGUGUGUCAACUAUUGUAAAUGGCCACAAAACAAUAUCAUUUCUCUCGUAAAGUUCCAGUAGUGUUUUAAAAAAUUGUAAAACAGAUAUUUGAUUUGCUGUUCAGUGCUUUCUAAAUUACAUGGUGAUCCAGUGUGAAAAAUAUCCAGUGUGUCUAUUAUGGGGUUGCCAGAUCUUCCUCAAAAAGAAAAUAACUUGCCCAAAAACAAGCCCGAAAUAAGCGAUUUCUCUCGCCAAAAUACACCACUGUUCAAAAGUCUGGGGUCAGUAAGACUCAGUAAAAAAAUCAGUAAAAACAUUAAUAUUGGGAAAUAUUUUUACAGUUUAAAAUAGCUGUUUUUGUUUGAAAAUAUAUUUUUUUUAAAUUAAGUUAUUCCUGUGAAAAUGCCAUGAAUUGACAAAGCUGAAUUUUCAGCAACUAUUACUCCAGUCUUCAGGUGUCACGUGAUCCUUCAGAAAUCAUUCUAAUAUUUUUAUUUGGUGCUCAAGAAUGAUUUCUUAUUGUGAGUGUUGGAAACAUGAAUGGAAAGUUCAAAAGAAUAGAAUUGUUACUGUCACUUAUGAUUAAUUUAAUGCAUCCUUGUUGAAUAGCAUUUAAUUUGAAAAAAGAAUCUUACUGGCCUCAAACUUUUGAAAGGUAGUAUAAGUCUAAAAACAUGGGAGUUAAAUGUGGAGUCAUGUGCAAACAAUUGGGGAUAUUUAACUACUGCUGCUAGUCCGGUCACACUUUCAUGCCAUUGGGGCAAAUAAAUACAAGACUUUAUUUUGUGAAUAAUCCCAAAACAAUGCGACCCAUAUUUACAAGCAACUUCAUAAAAAAGGACCAAAGUUGCUUACAAUGAAAGAACAUGGCAACAUUAGUCCACUAGAGGGAAGUGAAGUGUGUUCUGUCAACAAGCUCAAAGCAGCACAGAUGAGAGAUGCAAGGAGUUAAAAUGAACUGAAAUAACAAACCAUGGAGCUUGAGUGCAAUACUGUAAUCCAAGAGCGUUUCAAAGGAUCUACUAGAGAGGCGCCUGUCUUAGUGGCCAAACUGUCUUUCAGCCCCGAGGCUGGGUACAGAGAGAGCACUUGGCUUUUUCAUUCACCAAAAUUAGUCAUUCUGAAUGUUUGGAGGGCUUCUGUUUAAUCAGACAGGGGGAACAUGAGCACUGCUGUGGCCAAAGAUCAGCCACACGCACAGAAACAAGAUGGAGAUGCAGAAACCCAUACAGCCCAACUCAAAUACCAGCAAAACCAAUCAAUCAGUGCACCCCUCAUCGAGCAGUGUUACACAACUCAAACUAAACAACAAUCACAGCAACGUCAGCUCUACUGUAAUGAUGUAAAAUCAAGAGAACUGGAAAAGCGAGAGGCAGCUUAGAUGUGAGUUUUCAACAUCUAUAGUAUGUGACAAAGGGGUCAGUAAUAUCGUGACACUCCUGUAGCCAUGUUAAGAAAUGUUUUUUCCCAUCAUUCCUGGGGGCGGUAUUAAAAGGAUGGCUUUGUCAACAGCCGGAAUUAUGCAACAACAAAUUCUUAUUUCUGCACUCUGUGUGAGAAGCACUAUGUCUGUGUAAAAUAACAAGAGCAAACUGCAGUUUUUAAGGAUCUAAUGUUAAAAGUUUUUUGAGGCGAACAUUUGAGCUGCCUUAAUUCUUUGUGCUCUGUAAUUAACAAUGCCUGCUUGUUUAAAAAAAGCAAAACCCACUUUGUAAAAAAACAAAACAAAAAAAAAACAAACACACACACACACGAAUAAUAAAAUCAACUUUGUUAUCUGGCUAGUAUGGAUGUAUAGAUGCUUUGUCUGUCCUGUAUGAAUCCGAGAUUUUGCUAAAUUUGCCCACUCUCACCUGUCCCACCCCUCUCACCCGAAACCUUGUACAUUUACCCUUGUUGUUGUUUCUCAAUCUUUUUUGUGUACUUGCAGAACAUUUUAUAGUAUUAUUUAUUACUGGCAAGCCUUUGCAUUAAUAAAAAGCAAGAGAGAUGGUUCUUUGAACAGGGUAGCAAGAGGCAGCAAAGCUGCUCAAUGAAAAGUAUGUCUGUUUUUGUUUGUUUGUUUUCUAAAUUAAAGAAGGAAAUGGCAAGAGUAAAAGAAAAAAAGAUAAACUUGUCUUUUGAUUAUGAAGUUGUUAUAAAACUUGUUGCUUUAAAAUGUAUAAUUUUUGUGUUGUAACAGUAUUUGUUUAACCCAGUGAAUUGCUUAUUAAAAACAAAUAAAUAGAGGCACACUCCAAUUCUCAUUUC